AAACUCCACCACCAAGUUAUACAUUUAUAUGGGCAUUGACCGUUGGGGAUCAGCCCCAAGAUUUUUUCUGUUAGAACUUAGAAACACAAGCUUUUGAAAAGAUAGAUCUAAGACUCACGCCAACAGCCUGAGCCAGCACAAGAUGGAGAAGACGGAGGAAACGUCUUUACAUUCAUCAAAGGCAGCAAAAGAUACAAAAGAUGUCGAAGCUCAAAACAAACACAGACGUAGAAACAUCUGUCUCGCGGUGACGGCUGCCGUCAUCGUCGUCUUCGUACUGGUGGUGGUGAUUUUAGCAUUAACAGUGUUCAAAGCUAAAAAACCCUCUACCACCAUCGACUCAAUCACUCUAGAUAACCUGCGAAUGUCGUUAGACAUUGCCAGGAUGGGCGUCGAUCUGAAUAUGACAUUAGACGUUGAUCUCACUGUCAAGAACCCGAAUAAGGUUGGAUUCAAGUUCAAGAACGGUUCUGCUCUGCUGAAUUACAGAGGUGAAGUUGUGGGGGAAGUUCCGAUUCCCGCCGGGAAGAUUGGCGCCGACGAGACCAAACCCAUGAAUGUAACCUUGACGGUGAUGGCAGAUCGCUUGCUCUCAAAUUCCCAGCUUUAUACCGAUGUAGCUUCUGGUGCGAUAACUUUGAGCACAUUGAUCAAACUUUCUGGUAAAGUUUCGAUUCUUAGUAUAUUUAAAGUGAAUGUACACUCGAAAACAACCUGCGAUUUCACUGUCUUUGUCUCAAAUGUGACGGUUGGGGAUCAGAACUGCAAGUACAAGACAAGCCUGUAGGACAUGUCUAUACUUUUGGAUUAGCUUAAUUUUUUAUACAUACUGAUUACUGGAUGUGGUAAGAGUUUGCUCUGGUUUAUUGAUUGGGAUUAUGAUUCUGUAUUAUUAGCGGGACGCACUCUGAUAUAUUUGUCUUACUUUCAGAUUUUCUUUUUC